UUAUUUUUUCUACCACCCAGCCUUCUCUCCGUAAAAUAUCAUCAUAACAUGAAUCGGGAUCGAAUUUUGAUGAUAUUUUAAGUAAGAUCAAUAAAAUGGCUAAAACAUAUGAUUACUUAUUUAAAUUACUUUUAAUUGGUGAUUCUGGUGUUGGAAAAACAUGUGUUCUAUUUAGAUUUUCUGAAGACGCUUUUAAUUCUACUUUUAUAUCAACAAUAGGCAUUGAUUUUAAAAUUCGAACAAUAGACUUGGAUGGUAAAAAAAUUAAAUUGCAAAUAUGGGACACUGCUGGACAAGAACGCUUUCGAACAAUUACUACAGCAUACUAUAGAGGAGCAAUGGGAAUCAUGUUGGUAUAUGAUAUAACAAACGAUAAAUCUUUUGAAAACAUAAAAAACUGGAUAAGAAAUAUUGAAGAGCAUGCUGCAGCCGAUGUAGAAAAAAUGAUACUUGGAAAUAAAUGUGACAUGAAUGAUAAAAGACAAGUCUCAGCAGAACGUGGCCAAGCUUUGGCUAUGGAUCACAAUGUUAAAUUCAUGGAAACUAGUGCUAAAACCAGUGCAAAUGUUGAAGAAGCCUUCAUAUCUCUUGCAAGAGAUAUUAAAAAGAAAAUGGAUAGGAAACUGGAAAGUCCUAAUUCUAAUUCUAAUGAUGGAAAGAUUAAAGUUACAACGGAGAAUCAACCUAAAAAAGGAUCGUGGAAAUGUACAAUCUUUUAGAAUUUUAUUGCAAGUCGCAAUAUCAUUAAUUAGUCUCCAUGUGAGCGUAUGCUCUAUCAGUGUUAACAUCACUAAAAACUUUAUUUCCGUCACUUUUCAUAUUUUAAGUAAAUAUUUUUGACAAGUGAAUGGCUUGAAAGAUGAAUUAUUUUUAAUAA